GUUGACUCUUCCACUACAAUUUAAUCCCCGGAACACUCCUGUCGACCUUUUUGGGCGUAGCUAUAUGUGUUUUUUUUCCCACCAAAGAGGCGUUGGGUGAGGGACGAUGUCACAAGUCCAUAAAUAGCGAGGCUUUGGAUGGACCGUGAAUGAAUACAAGGUUGAGCAGGAGAAGGAAAAGGCGAAGGAGUGCUACUUUGGAUGCAAGCUGAUACCUCAUUUGUCUCCUCUCAGUUCUCCCCAGUUACCAGCCUGGACGCCGUGCUUCUUCCUCCAUGCGUCCUUGAUUCCACUCUGGAUAUCUGCUCAAGGUCUUCCACACAUUGCAAUGUAGUUGAACUUGUGAGCCUAAAGUGAGCAACAUGUCCCCUUGGAGCCGUGCAGUGCUUGGACUUACUUGGAGCUGCUUGACUUUUCUGUCCUGUGCUCAUUGCGCCUUCAGUGACAACCAUGUGCACUCAAGUUUUAUCUACAGGAAGUUGCGCAAUCACGAACGACGGGAGAUCCAAAGGGAGAUCCUUUCCAUCCUGGGCUUGCCUCACCGCCCGAGACCCUUCUCUCCAGGGAAACAGGCGUCCUCCGCUCCGCUCUUCAUGCUGGACCUUUAUAACGCCAUGGCAGUGGAGGAAGAGGGGGUGCCGCAAGGUGCAGGGAAGAGCCACAUUGCCAAGGCCCAAGGACACUCAAGGAGGGGUUACUACAGUCCCCAGCAUGUGGGCUACUCCCGCGUGGCCCAGUCCUACCGAGCGGCCCCUCUGCUGGGUCAGAGCCCGGCUCUCACCACGGCGCAUGACAACCACUUUCUCAAUGACGCAGAUAUGGUGAUGAGUUUUGUCAAUAUAGUGGAGAAAGAUAAAGAUUUCUCUCACCAACGAAGGCACUACAAGGAGUUCCGUUUUGAUCUGACUCAGAUCCCGGAUGGCGAGGCGGUCACUGCUGCAGAAUUUCGCAUCUAUAAGGACCGCAGCCAAGGCCGCUUUGACAAUCUCACGCUGAAGGUUACUAUUCAUCAAGUCAUUAAGGAGUUCCCAAACAAAGAUGCAGAGACCUUCUUGCUGGACUCCAAAAGGGUUCAAGCGUCUGAUGGUGGUUGGCUAGUGUUUGACAUAACGGCCACCAGUAACCACUGGGUGAUGAACCCACAGCAGAAUCUGGGCCUCCAACUGUGUGUGGAGACUUUAGAUGGUCGCAGUAUCAACAUGAAGUCUGCAGGGAUUGUGGGGCGCAAUGGGCCUCAGUCGCAGCAGCCAUUCCUGGUUGCUUUCUUCAAGGCCAGUGGGGUGUUGCUUCGCUCCGUCAGAGCCACCGGUGGGAAAAAGAAGAACCACAACCGCAAUAAAUCAACUCAUAAUCAGGAAUCAUCAAAGGCACAAAAAACUGGAGAUUAUAACACAAGUGAACUAAAGCAAGCCUGCAAGAAGCACGAGCUUUACGUCAGCUUCCGUGAUUUGGGUUGGCAGGACUGGAUCAUAGCGCCUGAAGGCUAUGCCGCCUUUUACUGUGACGGCGAAUGCUCAUUCCCACUCAACGCGCACAUGAACGCAACCAACCAUGCGAUUGUCCAAACUCUGGUCCAUUUAAUGUUUCCUGACAAUGUGCCAAAGCCAUGCUGCGCCCCGACCAAACUCAAUGCUAUUUCCGUGCUUUAUUUUGACGACAGCUCAAACGUCAUUCUCAAAAAGUAUAGAAAUAUGGUGGUAAGGUCUUGCGGUUGCCAUUAGAGCCUGCGGUUCAUUUAAUUUAUGCUAUCUGGAAUACCAAUAGGCUGGAAAACACAUCAUUUCUGGGUCUGAUGUGAUGUACAGUGUUAUGUAUAUAGAGUUUUAUUACCUAAUUUAUUCUCUGUUCAAAAAUAGCACUGAAUAUUGUGAUAUUUAUAUGAUUAGUUAUAAUGAUGUUGAUUUCAUUCUUAUCCCAAAUAAUGAUGUCCGUCGGCAUAUACACCUUUUAAAAUCUGUUACUUCUCAGAGAGCACUUCACUGGAGACAUCAAAUUAGACUUUUUUUUUUCUUUUAGGGACAAUUCACUCUGCAAAACAAAAUGCUGGACUCCGUAAAUAACUUCUAUUUAUUUUGUUUCAAAUUGUGAACUGUGGAUGUUGACGAAAAGUAGCCCAAAAAACACGGGUAAAAUUUCGAUCACAAACGGCUGCGGGAAAUGUUGGGGAACAAAAUGUGAGUUUUCUAAUACAAACUGCAGAGGUUUUUUUUUUUUUUCUCAGAAACUGUCAUCAUCUUUCAACUCCAAUGACAUUGUUCACCUUUUUCAUUCCAGCUCUUUUUUUUAUUUUUUUUGAGCCCAUGUGGAAUUGUGAUUUUCAUUUUUCAUUCAACUUCACCAAACGUGUUAUUCCUUUGUGACCUUUGCUACAAACCUCUUGCUCUCCUCUUCUUUCAAUGUGAUGUUUGGACAAUGUUUACCUAAAUGUAGAGUGUUGUGUAUUUUAAAUAAAUGUACCACUUGUAAAUAAUAU